AUGGGCAACUCCUUUGGCUGCUCCGCUUCGGGAGAAAGGUUGGUGUCGGCGGCUAGAGAUGGGGAUUUCGUCGAGGCUAAGAUGUUGCUUGAUUGUAACCCUUGUCUCGCUAAAUACUCAACCUUUGGAGGCCUUAAUUCUCCUCUUCAUUUCGCCGCCGCAAAAGGCCACAACGACAUUGUUGCAUUGUUGCUUGAUAACGGAGCUGAUGUUAAUUCUAGGAAUUAUUGUGGCCAGACUGCCUUGAUGCAAGCUUGUCGCUAUGGCCACUGGGAAGUUGUUCAAACCCUUCUUCUCUUUAGAUGCAAUGUCACAAGGGCCGAUUAUCUUAGUGGGAGAACAGCUCUCCAUUUUGCAGCUGUGAAUGGACAUGUACGUUGCAUAAGACUUGUUGUAGCUGAUUUUGUCCCCAGUGCUCCCUUUGAAUCUAUAGAUACACAACCAAACAGUGAUGCAGCUCCCAAAAACAAAUAUGAUCAAAGUGCACUUGUGAAAUUUGUAAAUAAAGCAGCUGAUGGUGGUAUAACAGCUCUUCACAUGGCUGCAUUAAAUGGUUAUGCUGAUUGUGUGCAGCUGCUUCUUGAUCUACAUGCAAAUCUCUCAUCUGUGACUUUCCAUUAUGGAACAUCAAUGGAUUUGAUAGGAGCUGGAAGCACUCCUUUGCAUUAUGCUGCUUGUGGUGGAAACUUAAAAUGUUGUCAGAUUCUACUCGCAAGAGGUGCAAGUCGUUUGACACUAAACUGCAACGGAUGGCUUCCUCUUGAUGUUGCAAGAAUGUGGGGCCGACAUUGGCUCGAACCAUUACUAGCACCAAAUUCUGACCUGGCAAUUCCCAUUUUCCCUCCAUCUAAUUAUCUAUCUUUACCUCUCAUGAGUGUACUUAACAUAGCUAGAGAAUGUGGUUUGCAAUCCUCAUCAACUCUCUCUGAUGACACCGACAUUUGUGCUGUUUGUUUGGAAAGAUCUUGCACAGUAGCUGCUGAAGGUUGUAGGCAUGAAUUAUGUGUGAGAUGUGCGCUUUACCUUUGUUCAACAAGCAAUAACCCAUCUGAACAACUGGGCCCACCGGGGUCGAUUCCGUGUCCACUGUGUCGGCAUGGGAUUAUUUCAUUUUCUCGGUUACCGGGGUCUCCAUCAAAGGGGAUGAAACUUCAUCUUUCAUUAGGGUUUUGUACUCCAUGCAUGCUUCAUCCACGAGAACCGGACGAAAAUACCCCUGAGAUUAGCAAGAACCGCGUUGCUUCUGUUUCACCGGAAUUGUUCUGUCCGGUUACUUGCAGCCCGUUUCCUUCGGUUGCGAUUCCGUUGUGUACGUGUAAUGAAGGGACAUGUCCGUCUUCCGAGACGAGAGAUGACGUGGCGGGGAAUGGGUCGCCACCUCAGCGGACAAAUUCAGGUGAGGAAGGGAAGUUGGGCCCACUGAGGGUGGAGAAGACUAGCUGUUCGAGUAUGUUUUGGGGGAGGAGGAGUUGCAGUAGGGAGCAACAGUGUAAUUCGGAGAUUAAUGCUUGAAUUUAUUGAUGGUUGGAUUUGGAUUUGGAUUUUGAUUUUGAGAUGGGGGAAUGGAUGCUAUUGUGAAAGCAAUAAUGGUGGUUUUGCUGGAAUAGUUUGUGAAAUGUGGGAUUAGGUAUUAUGAUAUAUGUUUUGAUGUUAGGGGAGAAAAAGGGUUGUAAAAAAGAUUAUUGUUGGUUGGCGUAUAUUGUUAUUGUGGUGAUUGUUCAAAUUGGUUAGAGUUGAUCUAACAUAGAUUGGUGGUGUUUGAAGCUUUAACUUGCGAGUGAUAUCCAUUGUUGCAUUUGAUAUGUAGUUAGCAAAAAACUUCAACACUGAAACCGGUCCUGAAAAAAAAACUGGGCUAAAAACAGUGUUGAAAUUAGCUAUAAACCAAAUCCGGUUUUAGACUAAAAUGACC